AUCCCAAACCCAAACCAAAACCCAAACCCAAACCCCAUUGGAUUUGGAUUCAAUUUUUCAGAGAUGGAAAGCUUCUUCAAGAACGCUGUUUUUCUCUUCUGCUUUCUCUUGGUAGUGAAGGUUGCAGAGCUCCAAGCUGCCAAAGAUGAAUGCCAAACCAAAAAGUGCAACCACCAUACCAUCCGGUUCCCGUUUUGGCUAAAGGGACAACAACCGGAACACUGCGGCUAUCAUGGGUUUGAACUCUCCUGCGAAGACAAGCAGACUGUGCUCGAGUUGCCAUGGAAUGCAAAGUUGUUUGUGAAGCGUAUAGAUUACAAAGCAAAGAGGAUUCAGUUAUAUGAUCCUCAGGGCUGCCUUCCCCUGCAACUUCCCAAUCUCAAUUUAUCAGCAUCUCCCUUUCAGUACUUGAGACAAACUCCCUUCUCGUUCAAUUAUGCGGAGUCAAAGUACAGUCUUUUCAACUGUUCAAGGGAAGCAACUGUGGGUAUUAAUUAUGAAUUUUACGAGAUUCCUUGCUUAAGCGUCCCAGGCUUCCAAGUUCUAGCUUUUCCUUCCAAUUAUACACAUGCUUUUAGCUUGUUAAGUUGCAGGAGAACGUUACUCAACAUAUCAGAGACAGCGGUAAACGAAGAAAUGUUGUAUUACCAGACAGGGGAUGUUCAUUUGAGUUGGUCCCAACCAGAUUGUAGUAAAUGUGAAGAAGUAGGCAGCAAAUGCAAGCUGAAGAAUAAUAAUAGAACACAGGAUGACACAGAGUGUUAUGGUACCACCAAGAAUCAAAGAGUUAUGCGGAAAAUGCUAUUGGUUGCGGGCAUAAUCCUAGGUUUCGGUCUAUUUGUAAUAAUCCUCAUUGGACUUUACCGUGUGCACCACUCAUAUAGAUCAAAGAAAGAGGGCCAACUCAAGAUUGAGAAAUUUCUGGAGCAUUACAAAGCACUCAAGCCCUCAAGAUAUUCUUAUGCUGAUAUCAAGAAAAUAACAGAUCAGUUCAGGGACAAACUAGGAGAAGGUGCUUAUGGAACUGUUUUCAAAGGAAGGCUUUCUAAUGAUGUUUUGGUUGCUGUUAAGGUCCUCAACAAUUUCAAAGCAACUGGAGAAGAAUUCAUUAAUGAAGUUGGAUCAAUGUGCAGAAUCCAUCAUGUCAACGUCACUCGCUUGAUUCGAUUUUGUGCGGAUGGAAAUAAAAGAGCUCUUGUUUACGAGUACAUGCCAAAUGAAUCAUUGGAGAAGUUUAUCUUUGCAACCAGAAACCAAAGUCGUUCCCUCAGUUGGGAGAAUCUUCAAGAUAUUGCAAUAGGAAUAGCGAAAGGAAUUGGGUACCUGCACCAAGGUUGUGAUCAACAAAUCCUUCAUUUUGACAUCAAGCCUCACAAUAUCUUGCUAGACCAAAACUUCAAUCCGAAGAUCUCCGACUUUGGUCUAGCAAAGCUGUGUUCCAAAGAACAAAGUGCUGUUUCUAUGAUAGCAGCCAGAGGAACAAUGGGAUAUAUUGCACCUGAGGAGGGAGGAAGAUUAUUGACAACACAGUGGGGAGUACAAGCCAAGUUUAUUUCCCAGAAUGGGUAUAUAAUUGCUUGGAGAGAGGAGAAAUGCUGGGGAUUAGAAUAGAAAAUGAGGGGCAUGCCAAGAUGGCAAGAAAACUUACAAUUGUUG